AUGUCUACUUUCAGCGCCUCCACGCCUCCGGCUGGCCAGCCGCCUCAGCUCAGUUAUCGAUCUCUCCCUAUUCUAGCCAGCUACCUCAUCCUCGCUGGCUCUCUUGCUCUCAAUGCCUGUCGAGCCAUCGUUGUUCGGUAUCAGGCACGACAGAAGGGAAAGGACUGGGCCCAUCCUCAACGACGCGCACACUUCCUCGUUUUCGCGGCUCUGGCGGCCCUGAGCCUCGGUGCAACAUGGUACUACAUGUUUGCGUUUUUUGCCCAUUCCUAUCGCAAUUGGGAAGCAGAGCAAUCUCUAGCUGAUCUUGCUGAUCUAGAGAUGUCCUCUUUCGCCAGAUUGGAACUUUGGUUGCAAAACGCGAAGCUGUUCCGCGAAGCCUGGGAGACCGUCAUCGAGACGCCCGCCCGCUUCUGGUGGAGCGGCCAAAUAUUCCUGUGGACGACAGGAUGGAGUGUCUUCCUCGGUAUUAUGGCUCGGCGGUAUCGCAUCCCCCAUGUCUGGACGUAUAUGCUCCUGGGCCAGAUCGUCGCUAUUUCGUUCGCUCAGAACUUAUUUAUUGCGACCAUCCUGGUGUCGCAACAACCGCGACCCACUGACAGCAAGAAGAAAAUCCAGAACGACUGGCCAGAGUCUCUUGCGGCAUGGUCCCCGCCUCUGUACGCCGAAGUGUUACCGGUUGCCAUCUCGCUGAUUAGCACUGUUUUGGUCCCCACGGUGGCUCAUACGAGGUACUUUAUGCUGAUCUUGCUGGUGCCCCAUCUUCUGCUGUUCGUUCCUGCCAUUUUGCGCCCGGGCCGCUCCUCGAGCACAAAGGCUCGCGGCCAGGGAUCGAGUGAAGAGGGAACUACGCAGAGAUAUGUUACCUUCUUCCAGUGGUACACGAUGGCUUGCGUUCUUGUGCAAGCUCACUCCACAUUCCUCGUCUUGCAAGAUAUGGGGAAAGAUAUCGGCGUUGAGUCAGUCGGUACAUUGGCUCUGCGUUUGCCCAGCGUGAUAUAUGAGCAUCCAGCAGUGAGCAGUGUUAGCUGGGAUGUUAUCUACUGUACCAUUACGGCGGUGGCCUGGAUUGUUGUGAAUGGUGGAAAUCCGAAGCGAAUGCUCGGCCGGUAA